AUGGAACGCAAGAGGGAUGAGGCCAUUAGGGCAAAAAGACUCGCCGAGAAGAAAUUGUCUGAUAAAGAUUUUGCUGCUUCAAAGAAAUAUGCAGUAAAGGCCCAAACCCUGUGUCCUGAUCUUGAUGGCAUCUCUCAGAUGUCCACCAUUCUUGAUGUGUAUAUAUCUGCAGAGAACAAGGUAAAUGGUGAGGUCGAUUGGUAUGGGAUACUCGGUGUAAACCCGUGUGAUGAUGAUGAGACAAUCAGGAAACAAUACAGAAAGCUGGCUCUCAUGCUACACCCUGAUAAAAACAAAUCGGUUGGUGCAGAUGGAGCAUUUAAACUUAUUUCUGAAGCAUGGAGUUUGUUGUCUGACAAGGCUAAAAGAUCAACCUAUAACCAGAGGAGGAAAGUUCCAUCCGCAUCCCCUGGUGUUGGUGUAAACAGUUUUGCAAAACGUGCAGCUUCAAAAGUACAAAAGUCCCACAGCUCCACCAGUACUACUUUUUGGACUGUUUGCCAUGGAUGCAGGAUGCAAUAUGAAUACCUUAAAAUAUACCUGAAUCAAACCCUCCUAUGUCCCAAUUGUCAGGAGCCUUUUUUGGCUAAAGAGAGUGCACCACCUGUUAAUUUUAAGAAAUCGGUUGCAUACCAACAGCAUCAGGAUUCAAUGAAGCAGUAUCAUUCAUCAAACAACACAGAUAGCUUCUGCAACACAGACCCUUCCAUUGCAUCAAAAGCAGCAAAUGUUAUCCAGCGGGUGAAUGAGAGGUUGAAACGAGAGCGUGAAGAGUUGUCCAUGGGAAACCACUCACAAAAUAGAAAAGCAGAUGACAGUGACAUCAAGCAGCAGCCUUUUUCUUUUAACACCACGUAUCAAAUGCCCUCAAGAAACACAUCUGGGACUGGGAUAAGAAGAAAUGGUUUUGAGACUGAUGUGGCAUAUAAAAUUUGGAAUCUGAAUAGCACCAGAGAGUUGACUGCAGUUGAAACUCGAAACAUGCUAAUGAAGAAAGCCCAAAAGGAGAUUCGCAGAUGGCUUUCAGAGGCGAGGAAAGAAACCACAAAAGUUCCUGCAAAUAAUGUUAACUGCAGUACACAUAAAACCAUGUCCAUGGAUGAUAUUAUGCAAGAAGAAGAACAACACGAGCCUGCAAUGAGUGUUCCUGAUCCUGACUUUCACAAUUUUGAUUCGGAUCGAACCGAAAAUUCAUUUCAAGACUACCAGGUGUGGUCUGCGUAUGAUGAUGAUGAUGGCAUGCCUCGCUUCUAUGCAUUGAUUCAUAAAGUGAUCUCAAGGAAACCACUUCAGAUGAAAAUCAGUUGGCUCAACUCAAAAACAACCGCUGAAUUUGGAAAAAUGGAAUGGAUAGGUUCGGGUUUCAGGAAGACAUGCGGGGAGUUUCGGGUCGGAAAGUUUCAGAUAAAUACAUCUUUAAAUUCAUUCUCUCAGAAGGUUAAAUUUACGAAAACGCCACGAGGGUCUGUUGUUAUACACCCUAAAAAGGGGGAUGUGUGGGCCCUCUACAGAAACUGGUCCAGUGAUUGGAACGAAAGCGUUCCAGAUCAUGUGAUUCACCAGUAUGACAUGGUGGAAGUAGUUGGUGACUAUAACCAAGAAGAAGAAGAAGAAGAAGAAGAAGAAGGUGGGGUCUCUGUCAGACCUCUUGUGAAGCUGACUGGAUUUAGGACGGUUUUCUGUCCACAUUCAGACAGUAGUCAGGUUAAGAAGAUACCAAAAGAAGAAAUGUUUCGGUUCUCCCAUCAAGUCCCAAAGUAUUUGCUGACAGGUAAAGAAGCUUUUAAUUCUCCAAAAGGCUACCUGGAGCUGGAUCCUGCAGCCACCCCAUUGGACCUUAUUCAAACAACAACCUAA